AGGAGUUUGCCCUGCCCCGGAGCAUGGCUGGAGUACGACCCCGCAUACAGACCUCUUCUCCGCAACCUCGAAAACGCUCCGCCUUUUCGACCUUGCUACAGCAGCAUGGCCACGAGCAUCAGCACGCACUCCAGCGCGAGCGUGAACGGGAGGACCUUGACGACGCUGUAUCAGUGCAGUGUGUGCCAACGCGCCUUCGCCAGAGUCGAUCACUUGGGCCGCCACGUGCGCACCCAUACUCUGGAGAAACCAUACGAAUGCGAAGUUUGCGGCAAACAAUUUUCUCGCGUCGAUUUACUCAAGCGUCACGCCUGUCGUCACACUUCCUCCACUGAUGCACGGGUAUCUCGAGCAGUUCCUGGGCUGCCAUCGAGGGUUUCCAAAGCCUGUAAGGCUUGCGCAGCAUCCAAGCUGAAAUGUACCGACACGAAGCCUUGUCAGCGAUGCGUGACCAAAAGUGUCAACUGCGAACAUGAUUCUAGAGUGGAAGUUGAACCCUUCUCAGAUGCGUUAGGACGUUUCGCAGAAGAUCGCCAGACGUACGAGAGGCCCUCCGAACAGAGUGACCAUGCUUCAUCGUCCGGCGAAGUCAUUGUAGUAGGCUCAGCACCUUCUCUAGGCAGCGCUUCGUCUAUUGCGCCACUCGAACCGCGGACACAUCAAAUCACGCCUUCACCGGAUGAAACCUAUACGGCUUUCAGCGAUUAUGACAUGUCGCAGAGGAUGGAUGUAGAUGUGGACGUCGUCGGACCGAGUGACACCUAUACAGAUUUCCUCCGCAGUCUUUGGGAGCCUGGUCAAGCAGAAAAGUCGAUGCUCUCCCCUCCAACGUUCGAGCUUUCUACUGAUAACUUCUGGGACCAAUACUUGAACGCCGACCCGUUCCGAGAUCAGAGCCUCAUUCAACGCUCUUUCGGAGACCUAAGUACACCUCCCGCCGUCCCGAACAGCCACUUCAAUCAUCCACCGCAACAGGACAAGGCGCCCCCGGAGCAGGAAACUAUUCAGGCCGCGGCCCGGGCGUUCCAAGAGUCGGGCUGGAACUGGGUUCCUACGCCUCAGCACCAUCGCUCAGCGGUUCAUGAACAUCUCUCGCUCCUUCAAGAUCAGGUCGAUCCCGCAUGCGUACUGCAGCCUGAUCUGGACUUUUCUGCAAAAAGGUUGGGACACAAAGAUCGUGAAAGAAUCAUGGAGAUUCUAUUGAGUCACUGCUGCAGAAAACACCUUGCUAGAGUAAUGUCAAAUUUCCCGUCGAGCGAAUUUCUGGAAGGACUGAUGCAUCACGCCCUGCGCUCGCAGCUAGCUAGGCCGGUGCCCCUGCUGCAUGUACCGACCUUCGAUCCCGCAGUUGCACGAGCCGAGCUGUUGGCGGCGGUCAUUACUGAUGGAGCGUGUUCAGCUCUCAACGGGGCGGUCAGAGAGUUCGGGUACUCAAUGCCCGACAUUUUGAGGACCGCUAUCGUGGAGAACUGGGCCGUCGAUAAUAGUUCAACGCGGAACCUGCAGCUGCUGCAGACUUUACUGACCGCUACGAAGUCGGCGAUGUGGAGUGGGAAUUAUUGCCUGAUGGAGAUCGCGGAAUCGACCAUGGCACCAAGCAUUACAAUUAUCCGACGUGCCGGCUGGCUGCUCGCGUCGUCUUACGAGAACAUCGCACCGGCCAACGAAGACGAGGGUGUGCAUUUGGAACAGAAGUGGAACAAAUGGGUCGAACAAGAGUCGAGAAAGUGGCUCUGCUAUCAGACUUUUAUCCUCGAUGCUGAAAUAUCGAUGUCGCGACUGAUCAGCCCUUCCAUGUCCUACACUGAGAUGCUGUUGCCCUAUCCAGAGCCUGAAGAGCUUUGGCGGGCGUCAACGGCAGAGUCAUGGAAAGCCUUGUAUCUCGCUCGUCAAUGCGAGCCGCAGUUGCCGCCCGCGCCUGCUUCACUCUUCGACGAUGUCAGAAGACUUCUAAAUGAUGGCGAAAGUCCCCAAGGCGAUAAUGCCGUGCACCGCCACACCAUCCUUCUACCUGGAUUAUGGAGGCUCGUUUGGGCUCAUCGAGAACUAGACGAUAUGCUAAACCAGGAAGGAGCCGAUCAUGCGAGAAAUACAUCAUUCGUACCUUCUCACGGAGAAGGUCUGGCCCGGAUGCUGAACAAACUGCGGUCGGAGAUGGAACCCACGAACCCUCCGCCUCACUCAAGUCUGGUUCUGGAAUAUUUGAGCAUGGCUUUACAUGCGCCACUGCAACUGCUCCAAGCAUUUGCGGGAAAAGAUGGGGUAACAGCAGCUCAGCGAGCUUAUCCUGUGCUGGAGGAAUGGACACAGGCAAAGUCGGCCCGCAGAGCUCUUUGGCAUGCCGGCCAGCUCCUCAGUUUCGCCCGAAGACUGCCCGCCAGCAUAAUGAGUGAGUCACGGGUUAUGAUCGUCUAUCAUGCAAGUCUCACGUUUUGGAACUACGGCGUGAUCAAGGAUAUCCGCCACAAGCGCGAAUACGCACAAGCCACCGCGCCGAUGAGCAAGCAGUCUGUUUGUCUAGAUCGCAAGCAGACCGCUGCCAUGCGAAGAUUCAUAACUAUUGGCGAGGGCGAGCCUUGUCUGCAAAGUGAUAAUUCUGAGUGCGAGGUUUCUGCUGGGGAUAAUGACUCGGGUUCGAACCGCGUGCCUCUUCGUAAAGCAGGUCAGAUUCUGAGGAUAUCAAGCCAGAUUUUGCGAGGAAAUGCCAACGGAGGACCUGGAUUCUACCUGCCGCUCACGGAUAGCGUCGCACGACUGAUGGACGGAUUAGCGAGCGCUACCGAAGCAUCUAGUCUGGGCGGCUGAGGUGUAAGGGUAGAGAAGGUCUCGAUGCAGUGCAAGUGUCCUGCCGUGGAAAGCUUCCGUGCAGCAGGCAUGCCGCGUCACACGAUACAAGACUUUCUGGGAUUCAGUCCUCCCAUGCUUCGCUUGCACGAUAUUACCGCGGAGUGAGCUCUGUCCAGCAAGGCCAAUGUCCUUCCAAUAGCUGCAAGCACG